AUGACAGCAGCACAUCUUACGAGCAAUUUAGCACUUGCGCUUGAAGUGCAUGCAUUGCGGUGCACGAAAGAGCGAUUAGAAAUGAAGAUGAGCAUUUUACAAACGAUAAGGAGGAUGGAUGUGCAUGUGGGGAGGAGAUGUGAUGAAAUGGUACGUGUGAUGGGUGUGAAGGAGUGUUUGGUGAUGAAGAUGAAGGAAAUGAGGAGAAGGAUGAGCGAGAGUGUGAUGAAGAUGGUUGAGUUGGUAGAGAAAGAGAGAAUGUGUAGGGAGGAGGGUGUGUUGAACGGUAUGGAUGAAUGGGUUGCUGAUGGAUGUGGCACCGGGAACGAUAAUGGGCAGGGCACCGGGAACGAUAAUGGGUAUGGCACCGGGAACGAUAAUGGGUAUGGCACCGGGAACGAAAAUGGGCAUGGCGCCGGGAACGAAAAUGGGCAUGGCACCGGGAACGAAAAUGGGCAUGGCACCGGGAACGAUAAUGGGCAUUGCAUUAGAAGUACGGAGGUGGGACAAGUCUAUGGUCAUGUCCAUGAAGUAAAAUACAUCGGUCCAAAAUACCGUACUGAGAUAGAGCCCGUGGAUAAAAAAUACGGUGUAUUCAAAGUAGCGAGACCAACGCAUAAAAACUACGGCGGUGAUGAAAAACAAAAUAUCAGAAAGAAUGAUUAUGCGUAUGAGAACGUGAUAACAGAACUGAACAGCACCCUGCCCAUGAACACCAAGAAUACGGCUGAACAGCACGGUACAGACCGGCUAACAAGCACAAGAUCAUCUCCUCAUCUCAGAAAUUACAAGCGAUUGAACGAAUACGCAUCGUUUCCUUUUUUGAGGAGAGAUGAGUGCAAGCUGCUGAUUAUGAAGAAAGAAAUUGAAAGGAGCAUAGAAAUGAUCAGGACAGUGAUUUACAAAGAAAUGGACGUAUUCGUGGGAAUGAUGGCUGGGAUGGGGGUGGUGAGCACAGAUAGAAGAGAUGCACGAAAGGAGCACAUGGUGUGUGCCAAGAAUGGUGAUGUAGUGCUGAAUAGCAUUGAUGAGCGUGACUUUCUUGUCAAUUUUAACAAUCGGAACAGGUUGAACGAUGAUUUUGUGAAUUAUGGCUUGGUUGAUGAUGCCGGUGCUAGAGCACUUAGAGAAGAGGAGAAGAGAGUGGUGCAGCACAUGCACGAUUAUAUCGGGGAUGUAAAAGAGCAGAAGGCGGAAGAGUGCCGGUUUACCGCACGACACCGUUUAUUACAACUGAGAGAGCGCGUGGUAAGCAACAUUCUCAAAUAUUUUGAAGAAGCUGCUCAACAGGAAGUAACACGGAGUGUGAAUGCGCAUGGAUGGGUUGAACGGUACGGUUCUAAGAAAAGGAACGGAAAGGAAAAGCUGGUGAUGAAAAUGAAAGAGGAGAUCAAAAUGAGUGGUGAUGACCGGUGUAGUACACAUAAAUGUGCGGUGCAAUGCGUAAAACUUAAAAUUAAGGAUGCAAUGCUGUUUAUGCAGAGACGUACUUUAAUGAACUACUGUUCGUGUUUAAUGCGUGUUGACGAGAAGUACGAAGAGGAAAGAAUGGAGGUUGUGAGGAGGUACGAGCAGGGAAAGGUUGAGAUGAUGAGGCGAUACGAGAAGGAAAAAACAAAGAUGGAGAGGAAGUACGAGAAGGAAAAACUAGUGAAGAUUGAAAUGGAGAAGAAUUACGAGCAGGAAAAGAUAAAAAAUACCGAAAUAAUAAAAAAGUACGAGGAAGAAAAGCUGAAAGAGAUCGAUAUGCAAAGAGCGGUGCACGAACAGAAGGUAGAAAUGAUGCAUGAGCAGCACGAGGUAGAAAAUAAUGAUGCACAAAAAAAGAGUGCACUGGUAAAUGAGAAGUUAAAGACAUGCAGCGCAUUGAAGAGCAUGGCCCUAAGCGUUCUCAAUAACAAAUGCGUGGCGUAUACAUGCAUAGACAUAGAAAGGAAUCUCUACAGAAUACAGAGCAACAUUUUUUAUGCAGAAUUUAUUCUGCUUAAUGCGAUACACCAGAGCCUCAAGAUGGUGGUGAGGAGCGGAACAAUAGAAAAUGAUGAAAGACUCGUGGGAGUGAUAAACGAAUCUUUACGUGCCAUAGAAAGGUUUAAUAGCCCGCAGUUUGUCAAAGUGAGUGUUGAGCUGGAGAUAUGCAAAAGAUACGUAAAGGACCUGAUAAAGAUAAAGAAGGUGCUAAGGAUGUUUAGCAUAUACUCGGAAUGGGACUGCUGA